AUGAUCUAACCGAUCUAACCUCUAACUGUCUAACCUGCAAUUUAUGCUUCUUAUUAAACGUAGUCAAUAUUUUUCCUUUUAAUACAGUUGGUGUUAAAAAGCACCAUUAUGGCUUUCACUUUACCCCAAGUUAAGGAACUUUUUAGUGUUUCAGAAAAGUGUAAGAAUGUGCAUAAAGUAAAUAUUGUCGCAGACUUUUUUGAUUUAAAUGUACGCAAUGAAAAAAACGUGGAAAAGAUACUGCAUAAUGUUAAUGCAUUCCUAAAUAGUAAUGCUAAUCGAGAGAUUGGCUUUACAUUUUUAGGGCUUUUAAUUCCUCAUUGCCCAACAAGUUUAUUAGUUGAGAAUUGUGUUGAUUGGAUUAAAGUUUGCAUUCCGAAUCAAAUUACUAAGUCAUUAUCACAGGAACAAUUGUUUGUGAUAGAAGUCCUAUUAGAAAACUGCAGUAAUAUUCAAGAGUUCGCUAAGGCCCUUACUUCUGGGUUACUUCCAAAAUUAAUUGAAUUGAUACUUACUAAUUUGAAUGCUAAUAAAUCCUUAGAGACUUCCCUAGGUUGCCUUAAACAUUGCCUUAGGAAGUUUCCAAGCACCUGUCUACCAUUAAAGAACAAGAUAUCAACUGCUUUACUGAAAUUUUUGGAGUUCCAAUCUUCAGAUAAAAUUAUACAGAGUGCAGGAUCAGCAUAUCACUUCUUGCAGCAGGUGGGAGGAGCAGGUCCAGAAUCAAUUAAUCAUAUUAGUAAUUGGUUAGGUCAAUUUCAAAAGCUUUGUACCACUGCUCAAUCUUUAUUUGACCUGUUAUUUGAAAAUAUAACAGAAUAUAACACUUACCCCUAUAAUGAUGAGCCUUUCAGUUUUAAUGAAAUACCAUCAUCAGCAAGCCUUUUGACAGUAAUGUCUGUCACUUCAACACGAUUAAAAAACACUUUAUUAUUUCUAAACUCAUUUCUUAUUGAAAGUUACCCAGUAGCUAAACAUGUUCCUGUUCCUGAAAUCCUUGAUGUCAUAAGACGUGGUCUUUCAGCUGACUGCUACAAGAAGACGGACAAUGUUGAAGACUUGCACCUGUCUUAUUUAUUAUAUCAGAUUCAGAUACAGCUAUUAAUUUUACUCAAAUCUUUAUUAGCUUGUUUAAAACAAAAUAUUCUUCCUCAAUCGUUUUUAAUUACAAAACUCUUAGUGGAUUGUUUGUCUAGAGGACAAAGUUACAGAUACUUUUUAAACAAAAGUGAUUUUCAGGUAACUGUUUAUAAUGUACUGAGUUACUGGAUUUCUGUAUCAAGAAGUACAUUUAAUUUGACAUUAAAUGAUAAAUUUAUCGAUUCUGUUUUACGGGAUAUACAACCAUUGAAAAGUACAUUAACACUGACCAUAUCGCCUGAAUUUGCAAAAAAAUCGUCUAAACUUAAACAGAGAAAGGUACAAGAACAAUUAAAAAGUAUUUCAAAUUCACCAACAAGAGUUUAUACAGAGAAUUUUAAAAAUGUCAAAGAGCAAGUUUGCAUAAAUGCUAUUGCAGCCAUAAGGGACUUAUGCUCAUAUACCAUGCUUAACAACAUUAAACCUCAAACUGUUGCGAAAAUGUAUAAUACAGUGAUACAGACUGUGUUAGAAAUUCAAGAAGGAAAAAUUAUAAGUCCUUAUGACAAUAUACAAUGCCAACACGCAAUGUACGACCUGAUAUUAAGUUUUUUCGAACAAAAAUAUUCUUCGGUGCUUCCUCCGUUAUACGUUGCACUGCAAAUAUUUCGAAAAGGACAAAGCAACAAAAAUAUUUCUAUUUCAUCAAUAUGUUACAAAGCAAAUCAAGUAUUAGAAAACUUUUGUCAGCCUGUUUGUCCUACACUAUAUUUGGGUAAUAUUUUAAAUACUAAAGAAGACGAGAAUGAAGAAUUAGAAGUACCACUGCUUGACGAAGUAACAGAAACAGUUUGCCGUGCUGAACAUUUACAAAACGACCAAGAAAGGCCUGGUAACGAAAAAGUUAAAAUUCUCAGUGUAGAAAUCAUAAGACAAAGUACUGAAGUGGAAUCUAUAAUUGAAACGAAUCAAAAUGAAAAUAACGAGAAUAAAAAUAUCACGCUCGAUAUUUCUGUGUUAGACGAUAAAAAUUCUCCCGAACUAAAGUCAAUGUCGACAGAAUACGAUUCCGACAUAAAUCUUGUGUUAGAGGAAAAUGAGGAUAGCUUUAAAUGUUCAAAUGUUGAUCUAGAAAAAGAAGAUUCAGACGAAUGCCUUCAAAUAAAUGUUACCGAUGACGAUAUUUUAAUAGAAACACCUCCAACCAAGAGGUUAAAAAGGGAAGAAAAAUCACCAGAAGGGUUUGCAGAACAACCAACAGUUGACGAACUGAAAAAGGAUGAAUCUAAUGUUCAAGAAAACGUGGAUGAGGAUAUGUUGAGUUCUUUUGUUGAUGAUGUAGUUGCAGAUGUUUGAAUUGUAAGAGAUAAGUUUGUUAUUACAAAAAUUGUUCAUUUCUGAUGAAAUUCUUUGUAUAAUAAAAACAUUUGCAAAAAUACCGUUUA